AUGAUUUCCAAAGGACUUGCACUCGCAUUUUCGGCUCUUCCGCUUGCAUUAGGUGCUAACUGGGAUGUACAAGUCGCCCCAGAAGGCAAUUUGGUCUAUAAUCCUGAAUGGAUUACAGCCAACCCUGGAGACACAGUAACUUUCACAUUCAAUCCAAAAGCUCAUACUGUUACACAGUCAUCCUUUGACACCCCUUGUGUCUCGUCGCAGCAGUUUGAUACCGGAUUUGUAAAUGUCACAGCCGGAGGUCCCCCUCAAACAAAGGUCUUCAACGUUCCGGAGGGUAAUACCCCUUUGUGGUUCUACUGCAGACAGGUCGGGCAUUGCGGCCAGGGUAUGGUCUUUGCCAUCAAUCCCCCGGCAGAUCCCAGCCCGAGGUCAUUUAGCGCCUUCAAAGCGCUUGCAAUUGCCCAAAAUGGAACGGCUUCCUCAUCGACUGGUUCUGCUCCAGCCUCCACCUUCACAACCCCUCCUCCUCCUGUAUGGCAAACUGCGACAGCAACUGUCACUUUCAACAACUCGGUCUACACCACAACUUACACUAGCUAUGACGGUACUCCUCCGCCUACUCCGACCGCCAACCCAGUUGACCACAGAAUUCAAGUGGGUGAAAAUGGCCUCACUUAUACCGAGUCCAAUAUUACGGCGAGCAUUGGUGAUACUGUCACGUUCGAGUUCCAUGCGAAGAACCACACUGUGACUCAAUCAAGCUUCCUCAAGCCAUGCAUCCCUCUGUUAGAGAGCACCGGUGUUCAAGGAUUCGCCUCCGGCUUCAAACCUGUUGCUCCCGACGCCACUGAGUUCCCUACAUUCACAAUCACCAUCAACGACACUGCGCCCAUCUGGGGAUACUGUGGCCAAACCGGACACUGUGCUGCCGGCAUGGUGUUCUCAAUCAAUGCUGUCGAAUCAGGCCCGAACAACUUUGAAGCUUUCCUGAACUUAGCAAAACAGUCAAACCAAACGGCUACUUCUUCGGAUACCGGAUCAUCCACCUCCACUUCCGCGUCCACUUCCAGUACCUCAACUGACCGGCCUAACAGUCGCGGGUUCAUCUCAUCUCAGGCGAGCCUUCCCUUAACGCUGGGGAUGGGAAUCCUUGCCAUUGUUUCUUUUAUUCUGUAG